AUGAAUUUUUUACCACCAGAAUUAUUAAAUGAUAUAUUUUAUCACCUCAAAAAUGACCAAAAAUCAUUAUAUGGAAUAUUUAUAGUAUCCAAGAAAUUUCAUCACAUCAUACUUCCGUUAAUUUAUUAUAGACCUAAGCUAAUCAACAUCGGCAGAUUUCGCAAAUUCCUUCAGAUUCCUCAGUCUUCAGGUUCUCUGGUCAGAGAAAUAGAUUUGUCACUAUUAGGACCAAAUAGGCGUCUAGAAAUAACCGACCAAGACAUUAUUAGUUUAGUGACACUCUGUCCUUAUUUAACUUUUCUUGAUAUUAAUUUUUGUAAUCAAUUACAUGACGUGUCACUUAUCUAUAUUGCAAAUAAUCUUGGCUCACACCUAACCACCUUGAAUGUGUCGCAGUGUCCGAAUUUUACCGACAAUGGUUUUAUAAAAUUGGCUCGUUGUUGUAAAGUACUUAAAUCGCUGGAUUUUUCUUACACCGAUAUAACUGACUCUGCUUUAUCUGAGAUCGCUGUCACAUGUCCGGCUAUCAAAUGGUUAAAUUUAAAGUAUUGUGAGUUGGUGACUGAUUUAAGUUUAGAUGAUUUAAGAAAAUGGUGUAAAGAGUUGAAAUUUUUGGCUUUGGAAGGCUGUUUUGGAGUUAUGAGAGAAGUAAAUGGUGGUGGUAAUGGUGUUGUAGGUAUUGGUAUGGGUGUAGAUGUUCUUAACAUUAUUGUAAUCUAUAUAGAAAAUUCAACCACGUUUCUUACAUCUGCAGCAUUAACAAAAAGAGCGACAGCUGUCACCUCAAUCCCAGUUACAACUUCAAAUACAAAGUCUAAGGCAGCCACAACAAAUGCGACAAACACAUCAGUUACAACCAGGCCAAUCACAACCACAGAAACCGUAACAAAGACAGCAACAAUUACAGCAGAUAAUAGUCAUGAUAUCUUACAACAUAUUAUAUUUCUUGAUAUAAUUGAAAAGAAAAAAAUUUCGAAAUCAAAACAAUCAAAUCCUAAAAUUUUACCAA